AUGGUUUCAGAUUCAGACCUGCUGGCCGAGAAGUUCGAGUGUAAGCUCUGCGGCAAGGUGUACCAGUGGAAGCAGAGCUUAAAGAGACACAUCCGGGAGGACCGCUGCGACAAGGGUCCGCAACACGCGUGUCCCCGGUGCGGCAUGAGCUUCAAGCACACCAGCCGCCUGAACAAGCACGUCAUCCUGUGUCCGCACAUCCUGUUCGACGAGAGCCCUUCGUCCUCGGCGUCCACGCCGUCCACGUCCACCGUGCAGCGCAUACUCAAACUGCCGCAGCCGUGCCCGGACGCGUUGCCCAUCACCGCCGUGACCACGUCCACCACCGCGACGUCGUCGCCCUCUCAGACGAUACUGGUGUUGCACCUGAAAAACCAGAGUUUGGCCCAAAACUGGAAUUCUAAAAUCCAGAAACUGGGAAACUAG